AUGAAGCGGCACGGCGUUGACGGCGAUUUGGACCCCGCCCACCCCGCCUUGUGUUUUCACCGCGAGGUGCUGACCUUCUUGAAGUGGGCGGCCAUUCGCCGCGACUUUCUGGAGGCGCUGCAGGCCUCCCCGCGCCUCCACUUCCUUGAGCCGCGAAAGCUCUGGCGCCACAGUCAAGAGGCGCUGGGGAAGUGGGUCCUCUCGCAGGUGGCCCGCGACACACGCAGCGGCACGGAAGAACCCGCAGCGUCCCCCUCCUUCCUCCCCACACGGGCCACGUUGUCGGGCGGCACGUACGACGAGCAGCUCAUCCGCGAUAUUUCGCUAAAGUGUGAGGACUCCGGCAGCGCGGAGGUUGUGGCGGAGGUCAAAGCGCUACUCGCACGUUUUAACCUGUCGCAGCGCUGCGAGGACGCGGCGGCCGCGGUGCUGCGGGAGCUGAGCUCCACGAGUCCGUCCAUGUACUGCGUCCCCUCGCUGCGCAUCAUUGACGCGGCGGAGGAGCGAAGCCGCACGGCCUCGCAGCGUCGGGUGCAGGGCUCCGUUGCGGAGAUUAGCGCCCAGUGGCCGAAGCACGCGAGGCACAGCUGCCCGCCCGUCUCUCUCCCGCUGCUCGCUUACAAAAAGCUUGAAAUGUGCUACACUCAUUUUUCAGAGACGGCAGAGGCUAAGCGAUACCCCAGACUGGACCAUGACAGCCGCUUUCUCCUUCGCGCGGCGGCGGUUGCCCUACGCUACGAAGGAUGCCUGGCAACGGGGUCACUGCAGUUGUGUGCUGACACCAGACUAAAGCAGCAUCUGCACGCCGCUGGCUACCAUGUGAUGGACCUGUGCGCCUCCCCGAUUAAUGCGUACAUGGGUUCACCCAAGGCUGGCUCCCACAGCACCCUUGGCGAGGAUGGCUGUGAAGACGAGGGCAGCGGCAAGGAAGCCUCGGCUCUCGAAGCUGAAAACACACCCAAUCACUUUUGCAGUGCGUUUCCUGACACCGAUUGCUACUUCGGCAGCCUUGGUAGUGCGCUCCAGUUUGACGUUGAGGCCGCCUACAACUCGCUUGAGGUGAAUCCGGAAAAGAAGCCUCUGCUGCUGACGCUUGAUGUGCCGUACGAUGAAGACAUCUGUGAACGGCUCUUCUCAAGGCUCGUUCGUGACAUGCAGUGUGCUGAGGGAAAGAUGGCGAUGCAGCAAGGAAAACCGUCGCCCCCGCCAUACAUUGCGGACUACGUGUUGGUGUUGCCGCUGUGGUGGGAUGUGCCAAUGCAGCGAAGAAAACGGUUGUUUGGGGUGGCUGGUGGUGCUCCGCCUUCCUCGGAGGAGGAGGAGCAAAAAUUACUGGACGCCGUCGUCAAGGAGCGCAGUGCGAUUCUGCAUUGCGGAUACAUCGUCCCAUAUGAGUGGCCACAGCAUCUGGCGAAGGCAGCUGGGAAAAGCUGGGUUUGCUUUGAUGGCGUUUUCUUGGGUGAUAGCUACAAGUAUUUCUGUACCGCGACGAAUAAGUGGCUGCAGGGGGUGACCGCCGCGGAAGUCAUUGGACUGUCGCAGCCGCGAGCAGACGCAGACGGCGGCCACUGGCUUGAGACGCAGUUGGCCGCCUUUUAUGGGGGUCAGUAG